AUGACGAGCUCAUACUAUGGGAGUGGUUGGGCAACCUACGGUGUUGAACUGGACAGUUUUGAGGGGCCAUCGGAGAAGACUGGUAGCAGUGACAGUUCAGGUUGGGCGAACUGGAGCAUGGGCAGUCAUAGACUCCGGAAUGGCCAGGCAGAUGGUGGCGUGGAGAACUAUGACAUCACGUCGAAUGACUCCUACAACUUCUCGGAUGCGUCGUGGUGGCGAGGCGACGAUGCCUGGUCGUGGACGUCUUGGGAGAGUGGGUCACAGAGUAGCCGUGAAAAUUGGGUCUACGUAGGCCGUCGUGAGCGACGUUCAGAUUGGAAGAGCGAUCCAUGGCAUCAGUGGCAUGGAACGGAAGAUGGAGAUCUACAACCUGGACAAGGACGACCUUCGGGAGAAGGAGAUGGUAGCGGUGAUGAACAUCGACGCCAUGGUGCAGAAUCUGAAGGCGAUGAUGGACCCAAAGGUGAAUUACCAACUGGGAAAGUUAGCAGUGUCCACGACAAAGCGGACAAAGAGGAGGAGAAGAAACAGUUGGGAAAGGUGUCAACAUCGUAUCCCCCAGUUUUUCGAGCUCGUCAAGGAGAGAACUAUAGGGAUUGGAAGAGAUCAGUCCGUUUUUGGCUUCAUGGAGAAGGUCAACAGUUGCCUACGAGUUUGGUGGGACCACGGGUGAUGGUGCAGCUCAGAGAAAGGGCAGCGCAGUUGGUGAAGCACUUGGAGCCUGAGGAUGUGAAUGGAAAGGAUGGAUUAGCGAAGAUCUUCACCACCUUGGAGCGCACGCCCAUCGUGAAGCAGAACGAGAAGCACAGGGUGGACUGGCACAGAAAGCGGUUGCUGACGCUCAACCGCUUUGCUGGUGAAAGUCUGGAGAGCUACAUCACCAGAGCAGGGUUGUACCGAGACCAACUAGCAGGACUGGACGAUUCCCUCAACAUGGGGGAGAAGUUCUUUGUGGGGCACCUCUUGGAUCAUGCGAGACUGACGAGAAGAGACAAAGCCUUGGUGAGAACACACGCCAUCGAUGAGGGUGAGGUGGCGGUGACGGGAGCUAUGAUGGAGCUUUCGGCAGAAUUGGAAGGGGAGCCUGGCUAUCCAAUUGGUCAAGCCGAAGCACAACUCAGCGGUGCACAAGGUGAAGAACAUCUGGUGCAACGAGGUGUCCUGGGUUUUCGAUAUAAGAAGGAGAACAAGCCGGCGUUGGCAGCUGAGAUGGCGGACUUUGAGACGGCCACCAAUGCCUCGAUGGAGGGCAUUCCUGAAGAGCCUGUUGGUGAUGAGAGUUGCGAUGAUUUGGACACUACUCCAGCAGAUGUCCUUCAUGCCGAGCAUGAGGCCUUGGCGCUGCAGUACAAGGCGAAGCAGAAGAUGGCAGAGGUGAAGAAGAUGCGCAACUUUUACAGGAAGUCAGAGAAUGAUUCCAAGAAGAGUGGCAAGGGCGGAAAGUGCUUUGUCUGUGAUGAGGUGGGCCACUUUGCAAGGGAUUGCCCAAAGGUCAAAGCAGCCUUGGCGACAAACCCAGUCUUGGUUACAACUGCUACGACAAAGUCGACGCCGGAAGAGCCGGGUCAAGACUGGAAGCUUUUAGAAGAACUUUGCCGCGCUGGACGGCCUGCAGCAUCGUCCGAACGCGGAGUGUACAUGGUGCUUAGGGGAUCGUCUGGUGGGGAGAGUUUUUUGGAACCUUCAAGUCAGUUGCAUGCCCCUUUUGAAACAUGGUGGAACAUGAAGGAACUAUCCAAGAAGGUCAUUUUAGACUUGGGUUGCAUGCGCAAUGUGGUGGGCUUGCAGUGGGCAACGGAUGUGGUUCAGGAAUGGCGUGCCCAAGAACGGUUUUUGGCUUACAGCUGGAUCAAGACGACGCUGAAGCCCCAACGUUCUAUGGAGGUUCCGCUCGUGAAUCCGCCGCAAUGUCGUUUGUGCGGCCUGAUGGGCCACCGGACGUCGCAGUGCCCAGAGAUGUCCGACGACGGGGAGAAGAGCUUGGAGCUGGUGGGCGAAACCUCAUGGGAACAACAACAAGAACUGGAGUUGCACAUGGCCGAGGAGAGGAAUCUUGCGAGAAAGGAGGCUCCCAAGAACAUGGAGGUGGAGACCUACGCCAGAGAUCGGGGUCCCGCAGCUCGCGCAUCGGCGGCUUUGGGAGCCCGUCCGAGGAGCGCAGCGGCCAUGCCGAAGAAGGUGAACACGGUGGCGGUGCCGAAGAGGGACAUUCAGGGACUGACGGCAGAGGAGCUGAAGCUCAUCCAUCGGCGACGGACGCAGCAGCAAGUGCGUUCGCAACAGAAGGUGGCGACCCAGGCACUGACGGGAUGGGAGGCACCAUAUCCAUCCCUCAGCAAUGUCUUCAGCGACGAUUUGGCCUGCAACGUGAUGAAGAGCACCUGCAGUCGCCUUCGAACCUAUCUAUGGAAGAAGCUGGUGUGGCAACUGAGGGUGCGAGAGGCAGUGAAGAUCGAGUCAAAAGGGAAGAAGAUCAAGCAGGGCUUGGGUGAGGCAAGAGAACGGCAUGCCUUGGUGACGAAGUUGAAGGGCUACAAGGAGAACUAUGUGGUGAUGGAGAUCUUCGCCGGGUGUGCACGGCUCACGGCUGUGGCGAGGGAACGUCCUGGUUGGGAGGUCACGGAUCCGAUUGAUCUGAUCUAUGGGCAUGACCUUCGAGAUCCCGAUGUGCGAAAGCAGAUCAUGCGGGACAUCAAGGACAUCAAGCCGGAUCUGGUGACAUUGAGUCCUCGUUGCGGUCCCUGGUCGCAGAUGCAGAGGCUCAAUCCUAACUUGGACAAGGUCAUGGAGGCGAGAAGGGAAGAUAUCCCUCUGUGGAGAUUUUGCCGCGAAGUUUGGGAUGAGCAACAUCUCAACGGCAGGUUGGUCAUGACGGAGAACCCUGCUCAGUCAGCAGCCUUGCACAUGGACUUCAUGAUGCAACGCCCCAAUUUGCAUCGGGCGAAAAUCCCACAGUGUGCCUUUGGUCUCAAGGAUGUGGAGAGUGGCAAGCCGCACCAGAAGUUCACGGCAUUGGACGUCAACGACGAGGCCAUGAAAGAAGCCUUGAUGAUGGGAGCUGUGUGCAAUCACACCCCGGAGGAGCACCAACCCAUUGAGGGCAAUGUCUAUCAUGAGGGAAGGUGGCAGAGAAGAUCGGCAUUGGCUUCCAAAUGGCCACCUGAACUUUGUGAACAUAUUCUCCGAGCGGCUGAAGCUGCAUGGGAAAAAUGUGAUGAGGCAGCUCCACAAAAGCUCACUGAGGGCCGUGAGCCGGGUAGCUCGCAUUAUGUGUUGCCUGUGGAGCCCUACCCUACCCCGGAGGGGGAGUUGCGGCGGCAAUUGGACAAGGCUGACUGGCGUGGUGGGCAGUAUGACUAUGUGUUUUUUGAGGGUGUGGCACGUCAAGGACCUCACAAGAUACGACAAGCCUUGGCUCAUCUACAUGUGGUGCUGGGUCAUCCUUCACAAGAGCGAUUGGUGCGCAUGCUGCUGGUGAGUGGGGCGAGCACCACGGUGGUCCAGAUUGCCAAGGGUCUCAAAUGCCAGAUCUGUCAAGCAGUGCGCCCUCCUGGAGCUGAGCCUAAGGUGUCAGGCUAUCGACCAACGAAGUUUGGCGAGAAGAUCUUGGCGGACUCCUUCUUCAUUUGGGACAUCAAGGGCGAGCGGUUCAACGUCACGCACCUGAUGGAUGGCUUGACAGAGUACCACGUGGGCAGUGUCAGCAAGCAAGUUGGGGCGGACAUCACGGCCGACCUGCUCCAGAACAAGUGGUGCGCUAUCUUUGGGGCCCCUGAGGUAUUGCAGACUGACGGUGGCAAGGAGUUUGCGGAUGUGGUGCAACGCUUGACAAGGCUCCUGGAUAUCAGACAUGAAGUUGUUCCUCCUGGAGCAAAGUGGCGUCAAGGACAGGUGGAACGGCAUGGCGCCAUCGUCAAGCUCAUGGCUAUGCGGAUGGUGGUGAGUCAUCAGAUUGCAGGUCUGGAGGAUAUGAAGCUGGCGGUGACCAGCUGCUUCAAUGCAAAAAACAGACUUUGCAACCGGGCUGGCCUGUCGCCAAUGCAAGCAGUGACGGGCCGCAACACUGCAGUGCCUGUCUCAAUCAUGGACCAGUUGUGCAGCGGGCAGGUGAGGUGCACCAUCAACGAUGACUUGGAAGUGAAGGAUGCCCUGAGGCGAGCCGAGCGCAUCAGAGCUGCAGCAGUGGACAGCUUCAAUUGGGUGGACUCCUCGGAGGUUUUGAGGAAAGCCCUCCAUAGCCGUUCGAGGCCACCAUCCUUGGAAUGCUUGCAGGAGGGGAUGACGGUCUAUGUGCAUGAACCUCCACCUUCAAGAAGAGGACAACAUCGGCGGCUACAAGACCACUCGAGCUGGGAUGGUCCUGGACUGGUGGUGUGCAUUGAGAAGCAAGAUGGCGCUCCAAGGAGAGUUUGGGUGCGUUUGCGCUCAAAGGUGAGGAGCUUCCCCUUGGAGAAGAUCAGAUUGGCGACGCCGGAUGAAAUGCUGGGGUCGCAGUUUGUGAUCCAGGCAUUGGACGAGGUGACCGAGCAACUGAAGAAAGGGAAGCUGGUCAUGGAGGAGGACAAGAACAUCCCCUAUCGCACUCGUCCGGCGACAUCAGCCCCUCUUGGAGCUCAACGUAGAGGCAGUGACAUGACCUCUGACUUCAUGCUGGACGAUCAAGAAGCAACGUUGAGAGCCAGGCAAGUGCGGCGCUUGGAGUUGCAGAACGAUGUGCCAGAGUCUGUGAGAAAGGCGAUCUCAUCUGGUUCAAGCAGCGCAGCGACUAGUGCUGCGCUUGUGAGAGGGCUGCAGCCUGAUGAGAGGGCUGAAUUACUUGAAGAAGAUGAUGAGAUGCCGGCAUUGACAGAAAGUGCUGGAGAAGAACGAGAUGAGCAGAUGACCUCGCUGGAGCUCUCCAAGCACAAGAAGGGCGUUCCAUCAAAGCUGACUGAGGCACAACUACGGAGUGGCAUGGCUACGGCAAGCUCCCAUGUGAAGAACAUCCGAAAGAUGAUCCGCAAGUCACGACAAGGGCAAGCAGCACAAGAAGCCCGCCGUCGGCGUUCAGACCAACACGCUGCUGCAAGUGUGGUGAUGUAUGCGGAAAAGGUGGAUCAAGAAUGUGAGCAAGCUUGGCAAGACGCCAUAGGGGAGAUGGACCUGCAGGAGGCCUUUUGGACACAGCCAGAAGUGGUAGAGCAAAGCUUGAAAGAUAUGGAAGACGUGAGGCAACAGCGAGCAAAGGAGCAUGAGGCCGCCGUGGCUGACAGCAAGGUGGUCACGGGCAAAGCUCGCUUGGAGUUCAAUUGGCUGAAGCUGGACGAACAAUGGCGCGCCGCCUUCAAGGAUCCUAUCUUGAAGGCCAUCCAGAUCUACUUUGAUCAUGACGCGCUGGAGGGCGUCCCCAACGACAAGUUCAUUGACCCAAAGCGGAUCUUGAAUUCACGUUUUGUUUUGACCAACAAAGGCGGGUAUCUUUUGGAGGAGGCACAGUUGAAGGCCAGGCUGAUCCUGGGUGGGCACAAGGACCCAGACAUGGGGCGCUAUGCUACAUUGGCGCCGACUGCGGCAUUGCUGGCGCACAACCUGAUCAAUUGGAUCAGUGUCCAGAUGGGCUGGGUUGUGCACUACGAGGAUGUCUCCAGCGCCUUCCUUCAAGGAAAACAUCUUCCUCCCGAGCGUGAAGUUUACAUCAGACUUCCCAAGGGCUACCCAGAGUAUGUGCAGGAGUUCAUUCGAAUGAAGCUGGGCUUGGACUAUCGCCAGGACCUCCUCAAGAUGACGAAGGGCGGCUUUGGGCUUCCAGAGAGCCCACGCUUAUGGUACUUGGAGUACAGUGACACCUUGACCACAUGUGGGAUGAAGGAGCUACACUUGCUCCCUGGAGUCUUUGCCGCCUUCCAUGAGGAUGGUUCUUUGAGGGCCCUGGCGUGCAUCCACGUGGACGACACGCGCUAUGCUGGGGACAAGAGUGCCGAUGAGAUCUGGAAGAAGGUUCAUGAACGUUUGAACUUUGGGAAGCUGAGGAAAGCAACAGAUGGGUGGACAAAAUUUUGUGGGCGCUGGGAGAGGCAGAAUGUCGAGACGUUGGAGUUUGAGUAUUCCAUGGAGGAGUACGCCAAGAAUGUUGAAAAGAUGAACAUCAAGAAGACGUCUGAGGAGCACAUCACAGCUGAAGAAAAAUUGGAGAUGUCCUCGCUCAUUGGACAACUCAACUGGAUGAGCAGGCAAGGCCGAUACGAUCUGGCCUAUGGUGUGUCCCAUGUGCAGCAGUUGGCGGCCAAGCAGGGACGCGACUCUUUGGAGUGGCUCAACAAGGUCAUCUACCGGGCCAAACAUCCAUCAGUGCAGGUGGUGAAGAAGUUGGAUGAUUGGAAGAACAUGGUGGUAGUGUCCGCCAGUGAUGCUGCUUAUGGUGCUCAGCCGGGAGGUCACAGUCAAGGAGGCCUGGUGAUAUGUCUGGCCGAUGCCUCCAUCCUCACAGGAGAAGCCAAGCUAUGUGUGGUGGAGGCGGCCAGCAUGAAGAUCCAGAGGAUUGUCAGGUGCAGCAUGAGUGCCGAGGUCAGCAUGUGCGCUACGGCAUUUGAGCACGGUGACUUCGUGCGGGCGGCCUUGGCUGAGAUGUUGCACCGUGACUUUCAGUUGCGACACUGGAAGUUGUGGGCGAGCAAAUGGCCCCACUAUCUAGUGCUGGACGCGAAGACUGGCUUCGAUGUGCUCACGAACGAGAGCCAGACCACGGAUCGCAAGAUUCAGAUUGACUUGGCGGUGCUCAAGCAAGCGUUGAUGGAGGAUGCCACCAACGCCUUUGUGAAGUGGGUUCCCGGCCAUCACAUGGUGGCCGAUGCAAUGACAAAGUGGUACGGCAACGGCGCUCUGAUCCGCGCUCUGACCGAAGGGGUUUGGUCCUUGAAGGACACUGAGGAGGCAAAUGGCCUUCGUCGUGAAGCUGCCCGAAAGAGGCAUUUGUAUAAGCAAGAAGCCCGCAUGGCAGAGAAUUAUGCAUCUGAAGGCGCGGAUGUCCCAGUCCAAGAAACCAAAUCGCUUGGCAAGGGCCCUUUCAUUGUCAUCGCAGACAAAAACAGGAGACGUUCGGAGAGAGGGAUGCUAAUCCUUGCACCGGAGAAGAAAGAGACCGCCUGGAAGCAUGCGCUGAAUCUUUGGUCAGGCAGGCUGAGGCCGCUAUUGGAAAGCUUUGCCUUCAGGGUUACCUUGGUGGCAUGUCUCAUCUUUGCCCUCUUUGGUGGGGGAUUGUUUGUGAUGUUUGACAUUCCCGAUGACCCAGGGAUCCCCAUUUUGGAUGCCCUGAUGAUCGUGGUGAUGGUCCUCUUUGUGCUUGAAAUGGUGAUCAAUGGCAUCGUGGACUAUAAAACUUAUCCUUUGUCCUUCUUCUUCUGGAUGGACGCGCUAGGCACGGUGUCCAUGAUCUUUGAGAUCAGCAGCCUGCUGGGCCCUGGGGGCAAGAUGCAAACCAGCGGUGGUGGAGUGGAUGCCACUCUCAUCCGCGUGGCGCGUGUGGCCAAGGUGGGUGCCCGGGUGGGUCGAUUGUCCAAACUCAUGAAGUGCAUCAGCUACUACCUGAAGGCACCCGGCUACACCAAGGGCGGUCAUGACAAGGAUAAGAGGCUCGACUUGUCGUUGAGCCCAGGGGAGAUCGGGGAGAAUUCUGGCAGGUCGCAGAACCCAGCGGAAGCCAAGAAGCUUUCGGGUCGAUUGAUGUUGACGCUCUCCACCAAGGUGUCACUGCUGACCAUUCUGCUGGUACUGGCGAUUCCUUUCUUCUCCAUCGCACAGUAUCCAGAGCAGGAUCUCUCGAUGCUGGUAUGGGGCAACAAACUGGAAGCCGACUAUCAGCGAUGCUAUAGUGAUCUCAAUACCACGUCGAUGAAUACAAGCUCCUUGUUGGAGGACUCUGUACGAGAAAUGAUGACCUUUUAUGCUGUAGGCACUGCCAACUACUUCCCCUAUCGCUUAGACACCUUCACCGAGCAGGUGACCCUGCCAGAUGGCAGGCAAGUCACAAUCCCCGGAGCCUCCCUUUUGGACUCCCAAGCUGCUCCCAGACAGUUGUCUGAUGUGAUGCGGAUUACGGUUGGGGAACUUGGUGGUUGCGAGCGGACACUCAAUAGCGCUGGCUUCCUUUCACUCCGUGAUGACUCACCGCCAGAAGAGGAAGAUGAACAACAGCAGUUUGGACAGGUCGCAGUACCUGCAUCGGCACAGGCAGAUCAGGCAGCUGCCAGCUCCGAUCCGCCCAUCCCAGUGCCAGAUCAGGCUGCUUUAGCUGCUGCGCAUGCGGAGGGCACUUGUGCACCUUGUGUCUUUCAUCUUGUGACCGGGGGUUGUAUCAAGGGACAAACUUGCACAUAUUGUCACCUGGAACAUCCCAACGUCCGGGCUUCGCGCACGCGCCGGGUGCGGAAACAGACGCGGGACAAGGUGAAGCGGCGUGUCUUGCCCCUCUUUCGUCCACCACUGGACUUGCAAGAGAGGCAUGAUGCUCUGCAACAAGAAGCAGCAAGCCAUGAAUAUGCACGGCGGCUCAUCAUAGGAUAUUUGGAGGAGCCGGAGCGCGUGGCUCAGGACCUACAGGCUCUGGAAGAGGAGGAUGACACUGCUCUUAACGCUCCCCACCCAUCCAUUCCGGCGCCGGAGCGGCGCGAGAGCAGUCCUGCGAAUUUGUACUUCAACUUCUACAGCCCUCGUCGCAUUGAAGUGGCUUUGGACAUGGGGCUUGCCGCCUUCAUCAUUUUGCUGAUGAUCUUUGUCUCGGCCAACUUGAACCAGACGUUGCACAAGUUGGUGGUGCAACCCAUGGAAAGCAUGCUGUCGGUGGUGAAAGAUAACGCCUCCGAAUUGCUGAAGCAGUUUGGCCUAGAAGAUGAUAUGGAGCCCAUGGGCGACGCAGAUGAGGAUUUGGAAGAAACUGAACUGCUGGAGGGCAUCUUCAAAAAGUUCGCGCGCCUGGCCUCCCUGGCCGCGGGACGCAACGAAGCCACGGCUGAGGAGUUGGCAGGCAUGGAUGAAUCUGCUAGGGGUGUGAUGAUGGAGAUGAUGAACGUGCAGGUCGCCACCGCUGCACCCGUACAAGAGACCAGUGCCAACACCUCGCUGCGCGCCAGUGCCAUUUCUGCUCCUCCCACGGGAUCGGAAGGCCUGGAAGAAAACCACCAUGUGAUGGCUCUGUCUGACCUGCCGGAUGUGCCGGUCAUUGCCUCACUGCCGGUGUCCAGGGACACCAUUGAGUCCUUUGACCUUGACGUCCUGGACCUGGACUCGGAGGGUCAAACCAAGGUUGCAGUUCACAUUUUUUUCGACACAGCGGUCGGCAAGACCACGGGACGCUACUGGUCCGAGGCUUUGACCUUCAAGCGAUUUCAUGCAGUGGUCAAAGCAGGUUAUAACAAUUUGCCUUACCACAACUACACGCAUGCGUGCGACGUGCUUCACACGGUCUAUCGCUUGCUGAGCUUAACGUCAGCCAGACAAUGGCUGGGAAGCGUGGACCAGUACGCCCUCUUAGUGGCGGCCCUAUGUCAUGACAUCGGCCAUCAGGGCAGGACCAACCCCUUCCUGGUGGAACUCGGAAACGAGCUGGCACUGCGCUACAACGACAAGUCACCGUUGGAGAACAUGCACUGUGCCAAGCUCUUUGAGAUCGCGUCCAACCAGGACACAGAUGUCUUCAAACAGAUGGACAAGGAAACAAAGAAACAAGCCAGGCGUAUUUGUAUUGCAGCGAUCUUGCACACGGACAACGUGAACCACUUUGAGAUGGUCCGCGAAAUCAGCAAGAUCUAUGAGAUGGCGUCGGACCUUUGCGAGUUGCAAGCCAGCCAGCCCGACCUCCUUCCCCAAUACAUCGAGCAGGUGAUGCAGAAGAACUCUCUGCAGUGGCUGGAGCUGUUCUUGCACUUUGCCGAUGUAUCGAAUCCUUUGAAGCCCUUCCCAGCCUGGGGACUCGGGAGAUUCCGGGAGCAUCAAGGGAUGGUCAUCCAAGUCAUCCAACUCGAAGUCACUUCGCAAACAGUGUCUAGAGUCUAG